AUGGCGGGUACGACAUGGCGGGCACUGUUGCUCCUUGGCGUCGUCCUGACGGUGCAGCUGUGCGGGUGCACGGCGUACGUCGGCGGCGGGUUUAGUGUGGAGUUCAUCCACCGGGACUCUCCCAAGUCGCCACUCCACGACCCGUCGCUCACCUCCCACGACCGCGUGCUUGCCGCCGUGCGGCGUUCCACGGCGCGCUCGUACACCGUCCGCGAUCCUUCCGGCGGCGUGGCCGAGAUCAGGUCCAGUCCGUACGAGUACCUGAUGUACGUCAACAUCGGCACGCCGCGCACCCGGAUGCUCGCCAUCGUCAGCACCGGCAGCAACCUCAUGUCGUUCAAAUGCACCAACGGGACCUCCGGUCCUCCGCCGGCCGCUGGGGCCGCGCCGGUGAGCUACGUGUUCGACACGUCCUCCUCGUCGUCCUACGGCCUCGUGGCCUGCCGGCUGCCCUCAUGCCACGCGGUCCGCGGCACCUCCUGCGACGCCAACUCCAUCUGCCAGUACCACUUCUCCUACGGCGACGGCUCCACGACGGACGGCAUCCUCUCCACAGAGACCUUCAUCUUCGACGACGCUCCCGGCGGCUGUGUUGGAUGCCGCGAACGUCCGCAGCUGCAACUGACCAGAGUCAACUUCGGCUGCAACACAAACACGAACGGCGGCAACCCGUUCCUCUUGGCCGGCAAUGUCGGCUUGGGCGCCGGGAGCAUCUCCCUCGUCAACCAGAUCGGCGCCGCGACAUCGCUCGGCCGGAGGUUCUCGUACUGCCUCGCGCCCUUCUCCGUCAACGCCUCCUCCAUCAUCAACUUCGGCGCUCGCGCCGCCGUGACGGAGCCUGGCGCGGUGACCACGCCGCUGAUCCCCUCGGCCGUGGACGCUUACUACACCAUCCUGCUCACGUCCGUCAAGAUCGGGAACUCGACCAUCGCGCUGCUGGACCCGAUCAUGGGGGAGCUCACCAAGAGCAUCAAGCUCCCGCUGAAGCAGUCGCCAGAGAAGCUGCUGGACCUGUGCUACGACGUGGGCGGGACGAUUCAGGACUGGGUGCUGGAGAAGCUUUUCCCGGAAGUGACGCUGGGGUUUGGCGGCGGCGCCGUGAUUACCCUGAAGGCGAAGAACGCGUUCAUACAGCCGCAGCCGGGGACCGUGUGCUUGGCCAUGUCGGCGGCGACGGACAAUGUGGCGGUCAUCGGGAACAUCGCGCAGCAGAACUUCUGGGUUGGCUUCGACCUGGACAAGGGCGCCAUCACCUUCGCCGCUGCCGACUGCGCGAAAUCCUACCCCUCUCCUCCCGCCUCUAAUCACCAUGAGUAGAUAUAGCUAAUCACCAUGAGUAGAUAUAGCUAAUAUCACCAUGUAAUAACUAGGA